AUGGGGUCCACGAGUGGUCAGGAGACGGAGGUGAACCAGACGCAGGUGAAAGAGACACCACAGGUGAAUGAGACACAGGUCAAUGAGACGGGGGCGAGAGACCGGGAGAGGGUGAGUAGUGACUAUGCGGCCUAUCUCUUGGUUCAGAGCUCGCUGACUCCAAAGCAGUGGGAGAGCAUGCGAAAGGUAACUCUUGCGUCCUUCGCAAAUUGUAAUUUGGCCUACGUGGAACUUGCAUCGAUGAUUUCCUGCCUCGUCCAGACGCCUUAUGGGGUGGUGGAUGCGCCUGUACGGAUCGGGAUUAUGCACGAUAUGGGCGUCAAUGGACUCACACCCAAGCUCAGCUACUGGAUCACGGGCUGCCUUUUACAACAUGCGGGCGUCCUAAUAGAAGACCUGGUUGACUUUCUUGUAACCAAGUUGGGCUACAACCCUGUAAGCGGCCCUGACGGACGCACCAUCCUUCAAUGUCUGAGGCGUCCGUCAACCUAUCACGAGUACAGCAAACGGGGCGAGAAGGACUGUAGUAGACGGAAGGCGAUAAUAAUGGUAAGACUGGACAAACUACCCACCGUGUCCAUAACGGAAUUUGGGGCUAUGACCCCGAGAAGUUUCGACCGGUUGAUGAAACGUCCUCGGAAAACGUCUUCCAGCAAUACGACUGAAGAUACGCGGGAUCGUUUGACCGCGUUUUUACCACAAGGGGCGGGGCGUAAGUGGAAACCUGCGGAGGAGCGGAGCUUCCCUUGGAUCGCACAGUAUUGGAAGAUGUUGAAGAAGACGGAGUACGACGCGCUGCGGAGUGCGGUGUCAGUGCUGCCUAUGGAGCGGAGGCGCCGCUGGAGGGCAGUUGGUCGUCUAUUUCCGCAGCAGUUCGAUUGUAAGGAGUGGACUAUGGUCGUAGACGAUGGAGAGCCUAGACCGGUGUAUAUCCCGACGCUUGCUUUCCAGAGUUUGCGGAGGAUGGAUUCGAACCGUGACUCGGACCGGGACUUUGCGGCUUAUUGCAUGAUUCAUGAAUCCUUAACGGAUCACCAAUGGAAAAGCUUGAGAACCGUGAACGCCGCCAGCUUCGACAACUGCAACCUGGCUUUCGUAGAGCUUGGUGCGAUCAUUUCUUCCUUCGUCGAAGCACCUUACGGGCUCUUGGAUAUGAACUCCACACAAGAAGUGAGAAUGAAGUUGGAGGCGGGUCGUUCAUCAAACAGACUUCGGUGGUGGAUUACGGGCUGUCUUUUGCAGCAUUGCGGUGCUUCCAAAGACAAUCUAACCAAUCUUUGUGUCACCCUAGGAUUCAAGCCGUCGAGCAAAUACCCUCUCAGAUUAGAAUGCUUGGCAAAGUAUUUAAUGAGACCCAGUAGACACAUACGCAGACCGAAUGCACACACCACAGUACGACGAAGACUGCUGACCCAAAGACUUCACGGACUACCGACCAUUUCGAUUGAGGAAUUCCGCAACAUGGACCAACAGACUCUGGAGGUGAAGCUGCAACGUGAAGCAGUAGCAUCUAGACAGGUUGAACUGGGCGCUAUGGAAGCAGAUGCUAUGGAGCUAGACGUUGACGAUCCAGAAGCUAUGGACGUUGACGAACCAUACGUCACAAUGACCGAGGAGAUGCCGGAAAAAAGUUCAACACCUGUGGUUCGAGUUGCGACGGAGAAGCGUUGCCACGUAACUGAAUCCCACGGGCGGUUUCGGGAUAGAAGAGUGUCCCGUAACUGGCGAGUCCGCGCGAAUCGCACGGACUGGAACUGUUGGGGUCGGGACUGCCAGCCUCCGCCGGCCAAGCGGAUUACUCCGAACGCAGAUAUGUACAGUAGCUGCUUGCCAACUGGCCAGUUGGAGCGGAUCGGGGACCUAGAGCAUGCCGGGGGCCACAAUGUGUUUGAGGACCAAGAGAAGACUAUCAUGCGCCCGAAUGAACGACUAUCUCGAUUGAUCAUGGACCUGUCUACACGGACGUCGAUUCCUCACUCGGAGCCUCAAUGA